GACCUUCUGUCGUACCGUAUGACAACAAACAUGGCGUCUUCCUCUGAUGUACAUGUCCGAAUAUGUGGCCAAGAGAUUAUCAAAUACGACCUGGAAAUCAAAGCUAUAAUUCAGGAUAUAAGAGAGUGCUGUGGGCCACAGGCGGUGCUGAUGGAGCUAAAUUCAACAGUCAAGGAGAAGUUCAGUCUCUUAAGACAGAGAAUUCAGGACAUGGAGCAGAUGGCGAAAGAACAAGAUAGAGAGACUGAUAAACAAGCUCUGUUGAGCGAAACCGAAGGCCAUCGGAAGCAGAUGUUAAGUAACCAGAUGGCAUGGAGGAAAGCAAACCUGGCCUGCAAACUGGCCAUUGAUAACCUGGAGAAGGACGAACUGCUUCAAGGAGGAGAUGCGGUGAGGCAGAGGAAGGCCACUAAAGAGAGUUUGGUGCAGACAUCCAGUGACAUCACUGAGAGCCUGAUGAGCAUUAGCCGAAUGAUGUCGCAGCAGGUGCAGCAGAGCGAUGAGACCAUCGGAACUCUGGUUACAUCCUCAAGGACUGUACAAGAGACAAAUGAAGAGUUUAAGGCCAUGACGGGGACCAUUCACUUGGGCCGGAAACUUAUCCUGAAAUAUAACCGCCGCGAGCUGACGGACAAACUGCUGAUCUUUUUAGCCAUCGCGCUGUUUUUGGCGACGGUGCUCUACAUCCUGAAAAAAAGACUCUUCCCUUUCAUUUAAAGCAACUUUACACUGCUGGACUAAUACCAAUCUGUGAUUGUUACCUCUCAAAUUAGCCUCACGAUUCUUAAAGGGAUAGUUCACCCAAAAUGUACAACUUACGUACUAUUUACUCACCCUUAAGUUAAUCCAGUAACUUGGAAAAUGUUUUCAAGAAAGCUAAAAACCUGUAACCAUUGACUUCCAUAGUAGGAAAAACAAAUUUUAUGGAAGUCAGUGGUUACAGGUUUCCAACAUUUUUAAAAAUAUUUUCCAUUGUGUUCAACAGAAGAAAGAAACUACAUUUGAAACAAGUAAAGAGUUACAUAAUGUCAGAAUUGACAUUUUUGGGUGAACUAUCUCAUGAAUGGAACGUUCCACUUUUUUACAACUCCCAUAGAAUUAAACAGUUGAGUUCAGUCGAUCUUUGUGUCUGGCUUUAACACUUUUAGCUUAGCUUAGCAUAAAUCAUUGAUUCGGAUUAGACCAUUUUCCCAUUUUUUAAUCCAUUCAGCCAAUCUCUGAGUCUGGGGUAAACAUUUUUAGCUUAG